CUUUGGCUGUGUUGGAACGAGACCUCACAAUGGUGGAGGUUGGAUGAUGGAAUUUCAUUGGAAUUAUCUGCGGUCCUUACACACCACCCAGGCCAGAGUCUUCCUUGCUCACACACAAACCUGCUGCCAGGAGGAAGAAGAGGAAGAAGAAAAGGAGGAGAAGAAAGAGGAGGAGGAAGAGGAGGAGGCAGUCCCUGCCCAGCCCUGUGUCAUCACGAUCUCCCAGAAGGUUUUGAGCCUAUCUGAAUCUCCCAGCACAAGAGCACCGCACUUGCACACUCAAGUGAGCCGGAAAAUGAGCCUGGAAAGCCUGUCCUGUGCUUGGCCAGUCCCAGAAUCCACCCAGGCGUGAACCAGGACUGGAAAUACUCCUCUCUGGUCGUUAGAGGUGCUGCUGUUGCCUGGCCCCAGGGGGGUAAAGCCACAAGCUUAGUGAUGGCACUUAGGUGACCUCAAAUGCUAUUUUUAGCUUGUCCCCUCCUCAGUUUUGCCUCAUUUAUACCCAUCCACUUCCCCACUGCUGCUCCCUGGGAGGGGCUGGCCCUUGUGGAUGGUGGGGUGUCAUGGGCAAAGCCAACCUGGAGAAGAUGAGGAGGAACAAACACCAGCUGAAGGCCCCUGUGAGCUGUUUUGGGCAGCACUUUUGAACACCUCAUUGAUGCCCGUGGUGAUGCAGCUUCACCAUCAGCACUAAAUAUUAAUUCCCCCAAAACAACUCCGUGUGUGUCCUCCUGAGGUCUCACAGUUGCCUCAUCCACCGUGUCAGAUGCUGCUUUAUCUUCUAAACAAAUACCCCGCUGCUACCACAUUUGUUGGUUUGAAUCCCAGGAUUUCUCCUGACAUAUGUUAUUUUCUUCCUAGAAGCCACAAGUGGUAAACAAACAUUUACAGGCGCUGGGAACACAGGACAUGGGUUUCUCGGCGGCUGACUUAUUUGUCUAGCAAGAACCAUAAAUUCUGGAGGUUCAGGGCUGAAGUCAGCCCUGGGGGCUGGGCUUAGGAAAAAAUUCUUGAACAGGCAUUUUUUUGUGGAGUUUCUUGCCAUCUCCUCUAAAGCACAUUGUUCUUGGGGAACAAGAUGGGUCAUUGGGGAUGCCACAUGUCUAGUGAUCCCAAUCCUACGGCAUGGAUGUGUCCUUGGAGAGCAGGGGGAGAAGGAGAAGCCUUACCCUCUAUAUGCUCUGACCCAGGCUCCCUGUCCAGCUCUGCUUUGGGAUAAUGUCCAAAUCUGUGCCGCUCCAGCUGCCUCAGCUUCCCCUUUCUACAAGUUGUUUUUCUGGGUUUAAGUUGCUAUGGGCAGGGACUGUAUCCCACCAAGGACAUCCCUCAGUGACAUCAUUGCUCCCGUGGGGAGGGUCCUUCUAGACCCCCAUGGAUGGGGGCUGUGGUUGAGGGGCUUUGGGUGUUCCUGGGGAGGGGAGAGUGGUUGAGCUGAGAUGGGAAUGGGGACAACAGCAAGGGUGGAAGAGAGAUCCAGCCUAGGGGUGCAGAGGAGGCCAGUGAGGGGUGACGCAUCCUGAUUUUGGGAGGCUUUAGGGUGCUUUCCCUCUUUUAAAAGAGGAAGGGGAUGACAAGAGGUGAAUGCGGUGGGUUCUUCCCCUCCCGGCAGCUGCUGCGGAAAAUCCCGGGGAGACAAGUCGUGGGGAUGGGUAAGGGGAGUUCACAGCCUGUUUUUUCCACCAGCCUGCCCAGCUCGGGGGCAUCUCCUCCGCCCGGGUGGGCUUCGCCCCUCGCCCUUUCCCUCCCCUGCAGCCCCCGGGCGCAGGAGGGGAGCGAGGGGAGGAGGAACCGCCAGAGUGUUCGGGGGGAUCGUCAUGGUUACCUCCUUGGCAAAACAAAUGGCUCCACUGAGUGAUGAUGAUGAUGGUGAUGGUCACCCAGACAGCUCCGGACACUUUGAGACAGCGGUGGGGGGCGAGAGACCCACCCUGGGGAUCCAGGAGCCCCCCCUCCCAGGGGAGCCAGACACCCUCCCGGCUCCGGGCAGAGCCUCCCCGCCGGGGCACAUGUUGCUGCAGCCGGUUCGAGACAAAAGCGCUCCGCAGCUGUGCCUGUCGCCUUCGGGAUUCCUCCUGCCCCCCAGCCCAGCCGCAGAGGGGCUGGAAGAGUGGGUGAAGUUGCUCCAACCCCCCCAUCCCCUUCUUCCUUCUCUUCCUCCUCUCUCCCAGGAAAGGCACAAGCCCACACUCAGCAAGCUGCUGCUUCCCAGCCUUGCCUUUUCCCAGCUGGAUGCUCCCUACCAUCACCCAGAGACCCCCGGGAAGAUGCCAGGGCUGAUUAACCGGGUGACCUUCUCCCGGCUGCCCCUCAUCGCGUCCGAGGUGACAUCCUGUGUCAGCGGCUAUGCCUUUGGGAUGACAGCCCUGCUCACCUACCACAACCCAGACCCCCAGGCUUUGGAAGGUCUCUUUGUGUACCCCUUGGACGAGGGCAUGACUGUCGUGGGCUUCAAGGCGGCCGUGUGCCGGCGCAUGGUGACAGUGCAGAUCAAAGACAAAGCCAAGAUAGAUGACACCUACUUCGACAGCUGCAGCCUCCCCCCUGGAAGAGCUGGUGAUGGAAGCGGAAGGAUCAUGAUGGAUGAGGACCUGGAGAGGAUUGUUUUUGUGGCCAACCUGGGCAUGAUUCCUCCCCUGGAAAGUGUGUCCAUCUUCAUCAGCACCUCCUCUGAGCUGCAGACACUGCCCAGCGGGGCAGUGAGGGUCCACCUGCCAGCUGUGUGCGUCCCCAGGGUCCCCCAGCCCAGCCUGGAGAAUGCCAGCAGCCUUUCCAGCCACCAGCUCCGAACGGACAAGCACCUCUGCGGAUCGAGGAGCCCGGAGCAAGGGAGCAGGUUCUGCCUGGCUCAGCUGCUGGACAGUGAGGCCACCAACCCCUUUGAGUACGAGUUCAGCUUCCACCUGGAGAUCCGGGGGCCAUGUUUGCUGGCAGGAGUUGAGAGCCCCACACACGAGAUCCGAGCAGACGCCGACCCCUCAGCUCGCUCCGCCAAGAGCAUCGUGAUCACGCUGGCCAGCAAACACUCCUUCGACAGACCCGUGGAGAUCCUGAUCCAUCCAAGUGAGCCCCACAUGCCCCACGUCUUAAUGGAAGAGGGUGACAUGACCCCUGCAGAGUACGAACGACACCUGAAGGGGAAGAAUGAUUUCAUUAAAGGCACUAGGAAAGACCCCAGUGCCAAGAGAAAGACGGAAAUCAUUAGGAAGCGGCUGAACAAGGACAUCCCCCACCACCCCGUCAUCAUGCUCAACUUCUGCCCUGACUUGAGGACUGUGCAGCCAGGUCUCCAGAAAGCCCAGGGAGAGUUUAUCUUCCUGGUAGACCGCAGCAAGAGCAUGAGCGGUGUGAACAUCAACCAUGCCAAGGAUGCCCUGUUGGUCAUUCUCAAGAGCCUGAUGCCAGCAUGUCUCUUCAACGUCAUUGGGUUUGGAUCCACCUUCAAGACCCUCUUUCCUGCCAGUCAGGCCUACUGUGAGGAGAGCCUGGCCAUCGCCUGCCAGAGCAUCAGGAGGAUCCAGGCUGAUAUGGGCAGCAUCAACCUCUUAUCCCCGCUGAAGUGGGUCAUCCGCCAGCCCAUCCACAGGGGACACCCCCGGCUGCUCUUCCUGCUGACAGCUGGGGCCAUCAGCAACCCCGGGAAGGUUCUGGAGCUGCUGCGGGACCACUCCUGCUCCACCAGGUGCUACAGCUUCGGCAUCGGGCCAAACGCCUGCAGGAGGCUGGUCCGGGGUCUGGCUGCCGUGUCCAGGGGCAUCUCCGAGUUCCUGGCGGAGGGCGAGAGGCUCCAGCCCAAGAUGAUCAGGUCACUGAAGAAGGCGAUGGCGCCGGUCCUGAGUGAUGUGUCUGUGGAGUGGGUCUUUCCUGAGAGCACUGAGGUCCUGGUGUCUCCUGUCAGCACCAGCUGCCUGUUCCCUGGUGACCGCCUGGUCAGCUACGGUGUCAUCUGCGACACCUCCCUGUACCUCUCCAACCCCAGAUCCGACAAGAGGCGGCGGUACAGCAUGAUGCAUUCCCAGGAGUCGGGCAGCUCUGUUUUCUUUCACUCCCAGGAGGAGGGAGCAGGCUUGGAGGGCUGGAACCACUCCAGAGACUCGGAGGGCUCCUGCCCCGCCGAGCGCUCCCCCGACCACCUGGGCUUGGGCAGAGAUCCCGAGGGAGAGUCGGACACGGACACGGGAAUGGACGUGAAGGCUCUGUCCAGGAGACGGGCGUACAGCACCACCCAAAUCUCUGACCACGAGCCUCGCAGGAAGGUGCCCACAGCCAGCGAUCCUGGCACAGCCCUGGUGAAAAACCCCCUCCGGAAAACCCACCUGCAGGACCUGCAGCAGGUCAGCCCCGAGCCCUGGCAGGUGGAUUUCCAGCCCCUCGCGGCCCCCCGGCAUGGCUCUGCCACCAGGAUCCGUGGUGCAGGCGCCCGGCGCCCAGCCCUGCUCCAGCGCAGCUGCGUGUCCUCCUGCCAUGACGCCAACUCCCCGGCACCGCUGGACGGGCUGCAGGAAGCCCCGGCAAGGGGCUUGGAAGCAGCCGAUGCCAUCCCGAGCCUGCGCUCCUCGUCGGACAGCCGGAGCCCCGGGGAUCUGGAGUCUGCCCAGCAUCCAUCCCUCACCUUUGAGACAGAGACCUCCUCUGACUGGGAGCCCCAGGACCUGGAUAUCAGCACUGCCUGCGGCUCCCUGCACUCCCCCAGGACCCUCUGCAAGGCGGUGGUGAAGGGGCUGAGGAACAACGAGCCCGUGCAGUGGGAAGUCACCUUUGACAUCUGCCCUCUGUUCCGGGAGCGGGGGAGCCAGGAGGAUGGAGACACAGACCUGUGGAGUGAGACCUUCCACCACCUGGCAGCCAAGUCGCUCAUCCAGGACUUGGAGCAGCUCGCCGAGAGGGAGUGUGAAAUCGAGCAUGGGUCCGGGCGACGGUUCCAGCUCAGCGCUGUCCACACCAGCAAGGCCUGUAACGUCAUCAGCAAGUACACGGCAUUCGUGCCCGUGGACCUGAGCACCAACUCCUACCUGCCCACCCUGGUGCAGUACACCCACACAGGGGCAACAUCCAAGCAAGGCAACCAGAGGAAACAGAAGAGCUCAGGAAACAGAAGGCAUCGUGGCUGUUCCCCUGGACGUUCUCAGUCAGUGUGUGGCCAGAACGGAGACCACGGAUUUUACAGCAUGAAUGCUGAGGAGAGCAGCCCCUCACCCUCCAGCACCCCGUCCUCCUCUGCCUGGGAGCGCUGCCGUGUCCCCGAAGGGCCACUCCAGAGCCUGUCAGCUUCCUCUGCACAAGCCCAAAAAUCCAUUGAGAGGCUCUUUGCUGCCAGGCUGACCCUUAAUAAAACCAGGCUGCUGUUUCGAGCUGCCAAAGGCUUCAUGGUUAAAUCUCCAAGCAGAGGGAGCGAAGCCGGCUCCGAGGGCGACAAUGAGAGCAUGGGCUACCUUCCCCUGGUGUCCCUGCAGCUGGCCUGCGGUGCCUUUCUCCUGAAUUCAGCUUUCUGCGAUGCCGUCAGCAUCCCCAUGGAGAAGCUGAAGUGGACAUCACCCUUCGCCUGCCACCGCCUGUCCCUCAGCCCCUCUGGCUCCUACAGCACCAGGAGGAACAGUCCCUCCUCAGAGCACAAAACCCUGAACUCCAGCCAGCAGCUCCUGGUCCCCAGUGGGCAGGGGAAGGGUCCCAGCACUGGAGACAUGGCUCGGGGAGCGGUGCUGGAGGACACCGGCCGCCUCCGGCACUUGUCGGGCAGCGCGGCCGAGAGCGUCUGCAGAGCCCUGAAAGCCGAGCAGGAACUGUCCCCCCCGGCCAUCACCAUCCGCCGCUUCUCCUCGCCGGCCGAGUGCCAGGCCCACAGCAGCCGGGGCUGGGACACCGACGGCUCCCAGGUCCAGGCUUUGCUCUCCGACGUGGAGCUGCAGCAGCAGACGGAGCCCGAGGGGAUGCUGUGGGCCACGGCCGUGGCCCUGGCCUGGCUGGAGCACAGCUCGGCUUCCUACUUCAUCGAGUGGGAGCUGGUGGCUGCCAAAGCCAGCCUGUGGCUGAGCAGGCAGGACUUCCCAGAGGGAUCCAGCCUGGCCACGGUGAAAGCUGCAGCCCAGCAGCUCUUUGUGCUGCUCCGUCACUGGGAUGAAAACCUAGAGUUCAACCUGCUGUGCUACAACCCAGGCAGUGUGUAGAGAGGAGGAGGAGGGAGGCUUGGGCAGAUUAGCGAGGGCACAGGAACAGGGAUUCAUUCUUAAGGAAAUGCCUCCAAGGAGCUCAACUCCUCUGCUGCAGGGAUGCGUGUGUUUAUUAGAGCAAACCCUGCAAACAGAGCAGUCUGGGCAAAAUCCUGCACUCAGCAGUCGUGAUUUUGCCCUGGAAGGGAGCCUUGCUCUGCCUGCAGUAGAUGCUUUUUAUUUUCAACUGGAGCAGCACUUCCAGUUACAGCAGUUCCCUCUGCUCCUGGUUUCUUCUGGUUCCCAGCCCAGUUUCCAGAGCAGACCUUGUGGCCUGCUCCACUUGCCCUGUCCUUGCUUAGAUGCCUCUUCCCAGCCCUGAAUCACUGCCAAGCCCCCGCUGCAGCCCCUCAGCCCCGAGUCCCGGCUUUCCUGGCUGGCUCCUGCCAUCUCAGAUGGCUUUCAGAGAAGACAAAGGUCUGACAGCAUGCUCAUCUCAUGGAUCAAAGGGAAUGGGGGCUGGGAAUGACCAUGUGAAGAGCAGCCCUGCUGUGACAGCCAGGAGGAUCGAGCCCAGCCAUGAACAAGCCAGGCUGGUUGGAGGCUGGGACCAAACCCCACCACAUCCACACGGUGCUAGGCUCCCUCAGCCCCUCUGCAAUCCCAGAAGGAGUUGGUGAGAUCCCUUGCAGCCAACGUGUGCCUUUGGAGCUUCACAGGCAGAGCCAGGGUGCCUGGGAUUGAAGGAUCAAGUGCCUACAGAGGGAGUUGUGCCACUGUCUCUGGCGUGGCUGCCAUGCCUGUGGAGCCCAUCUGGAACCCGCUGCCUUUCGCUCCCUCCCUUGGCAUGUAGCAGCCUUGCCCUGUCCCAGCAGGCUUCUGUCUCGUGUCUGUGUGUCUGGGGGUGAGACAGGAGGGAAACCAGUGCUGGGGACCACGAGCACCCCUCCGGUCUCUGCUCUGGGGUCACCCCUCCAAGGUCCCCAGGACCAUGAGCAUCCUUCUGGUCUCUCAGUGUUGCCUCUCCGGGGUCCCCAGGAUCAUCCCUCUGGUCUCUGCUCUGGUUUCACCUCUCUCAGGUCUCCAGGAGCUUCCCUGUGGUCUCUGCUCUCAGUGUCAGCUCUCCAGGUUCUGCAGAACCUCGAGUGACCCUCCCGUCUCUGCUUUGAUGUCACCUCUCGGAGGUCCCCAGAACUGUGGGUAUCCCUCUGGUCUUUGAUCUGGUGCCACCUCCCCAGAGUCCCCAGGAGCACAAACAUCCCUCUGGUCUCUGCUCUGGUGUCACCUCUCCGGGUCCCCAGUGUGGCAAUGCGCGGUGGUGCUGCAGGUGCUGCAGGUUUGCUGGCCGGGUGCCUCGGCACAGUCGUGUUCUCUGUUGUUGCAGAAGCGUUGUUGUCCCAGUAAAUCACAGCCUGCUCUA